UUAUUGUGCACAUUUUCUAUGAUUUUUAUGUAUGUAAAGUAGAGUUUUAAUUUAAUAAACCUAUUUAUGACAUGGUAAACUAAUGUUUAGUAAAACAAGUAAUGAUGUUUUUGAACCGUUAAUGAAAUUUUUUGUUGUAGCUUCAGCGUUGAGCAAAGUCAUGUGUCCAUAUUUGAACCUUACGCGCUAGGCUUUCGUGAAUAAGUCUUUUUCUUUCUUUUUUUUUUCGCUUUGGACAAGCCUAGAUGAGUCGUGAAAAAUUAGAAACCUAUGAUUUUUCAAAAAAAAUACAUAAAAAAAAUAUUUCUUAUGCAUCAUUGAUAAAUGAAGAAAACAAUUAUUUAGUGAAAAAGAAAAAAUCGUCAUUUUCAGAGAAUUCUGGUGCAUUUUAUGAUGCUUGUGAAGAAUUUGAAGACAACACUUCUUUAGUCAAUGUUGAAACGAUUCCUGAAACGAAAUUUACAAUUACGUCUGAAUCGAAUACUUCUGCGUAUGUUUGUAGUUCAAAUGAUUCUUGCACAUCAAACAAAGAUAGGUUUCGUGAAAGACUUGGAGAUCAAACACUUAUUCAAAAUUCAGAAAAGAAAUUUUUAAAACCGUUUGGUUCCAUUUUGUCUUCAACACGUUCCGCUCAAUUUUUUAAAAUGUAUUCCUCAACAGCCGACGAGAAUGAAUGCUAUUCUUUAAAAAACGAUGAUUUUUUUAAAUCAUCUAUCCAUGAGCAAAAUUUUUCUAAUAUAUCUGACUAUUUUGGUUUUAAAAAAACUCAAAAUACAUCAUUUACGCCAAAUCUAGAGUCAAGCAGUAAUUCCACAAUCCAAACUCAAAAAAAGGAAUUGUUAUUUUCAAACCAUGCAUUAGCAUUACAACUAGAUGGUCAAAAAGACAGCAUAAAGACUCCUACUGUCUUUUUGAAAAGCGAAUUGUCAGCCAUAACAUCUUUGAAUUUAAAUGAUUCGAGAGACACAAAAAGCAUCUCAUGUAAACUUGUAGACACUCUAGAAACUAAGAAGGAAAAAACAACUAAUUGCGACUUACCUCUAACUAGACUAAUAAAUUUAAGUCCUGAAAAAAAUGAAAGUAACGAAAAUGACCAGAAAAAAAAUUUUAAGGAGGAGAGCAUGUGCAAGGAAUCUGCACACUCUAUUGUAAAGUAUGAAAAGGAUCAAGUUAAUGGUUGUUUUUAUAAUGUUGACAGGGCAGACAUGAUACUGUCGACUAAAGAUCAAGAUAAUUUGACUCGAAUCACGGAAGGCUCAGCAGGACCUACAUCGUUACUUCCUGUUCGGAAUAUUACGACUGGAACAGUUCAAUUUUUGAAUACUGCAACAAAUGGAUUGAAAAAUCAAAAUAUCCAAGACUACUUAAAUGUCUUUCUUAUGGCAGAUAUAGAAGUAACACGACUACAAGAGCCAAUCAGUGGAGAUAGUAGUAUAUCUGGAGAUAAAGUUGAAGAGCAGGAUGAAGAAACUUUUAUGUUUGAGGCGACUAAUCUACCCACAAAUAAAAUCAAAAAAUUGUUUGAAGCAAAUUCGAAAAAAACACACCGUUUUCAACAAUUCACGCUCUCGUUACCUAAUUUGAAAAAUCGCAUUGUUUCAAGAAACCUGUCACGAAUUGUAACGGAAAACAAUUGCUUUACUGAAACGUUAAAUAAAAACUCUGAUGAACCAGGCCGUUUCAAAUCGAUGUUCCUUAAAGCCACUGAAACAUUGCAAAAUUCUAAAAGUUUUUAUAGUUCAUUUGGGCCUAACGGAAAAAAUAAAACUCUCGAGCUUAAUUCGAGUUUACGUCACUCUACAAUGCAAAAUCAUUUACUUCUUCAAUACUGGAAACGUCGGUCACCACCUUUCCCAGUUCGUAUUCGUAAAGGUCUUGGAAAACCAUCUAAAAUAUUAACAAAUAUUUGGCUACUACAGCAACUGGAAUUACCACCAUCUUCUCCAAUAUGGAGUUUGGCUAUUAGUAGCGAUGGAAAAUGGCUUUCUGUUGGUUCUCAAGAUGGAACGCUUCAAUUAUGGAAAUUAGAGAAAUUACUUGAAUAUCGUCCUUUGGUGCAUCGAAAAAAAAAUUCUUCUAAUGAGGAUAAAUUUUCGAAGCUCACUUCUUUUGAAAUUAUCGAUCUUGAUUCGAAUGUAUCAAGAGGAAAAAAUCAAACUACUAAAUCACUUUAUUCCAAGUCACCUGCUGUGACGUUACUUGGUCAUAGUGCAACAAUAGUAACUUGUGUAUGGGAUUUUCUACCUCUUCAAAACAAUGCAAACCGUUUGGCUUCUGUUAGUCUUGAUCGCACUGUACGUAUAUGGACGGUAUCAGAAAAUGAAGAAGGAACUUUAAGAUAUAGCGUUUUAUUCAAUUGCGGUGAUUGGGCUACGUGCGCUGCGUUUCACCCUAUUUCAAGAAACAUAAUUUAUACUGGAGGACUCGAUGGGGUAGCGCAAAUUUGGAAAGCUCCACUUCAUGUUAAAGGAUACAGCGAUGUUUUGUUUCAUCACUCGUCCUCAACAUUUGAGGCCGAUAAAGUUGAAAUGCUGGAUACCUUACGCUUGCCGGAUCUUAUAACAUCUAUGACUGUAUCUCCAAAUGGGAAAUAUUUAGUUAUUGGACUUCGUUUGGGUUCCGUUUUUAUCUAUGACACAAAUACUAUGUCAAUUUUUUCUAAAAUUGAAUGCCGCAAUCGAAAAGGUCCUUAUGCCUCAGGUCGAAAAGUAACGGGUUUCUGUUGGAAUCGUUCUAGCAACGCGCUAAUUAUUUCCACAAGCGAUUGUCGUAUACGCCUCGUAAAUUUGAAUGAUACAUCCACAUGGAUUAAAUUCAAAGGACAUAAAUGUAAUGAAAUUAUGCUAUCUGCUAUUUUCAGUCCGGAUGAAAACUAUGUCGUAUGUGGAUCAGAAACUGGAUUUGUUCAUCUCUGGGAUAUUACUACCAUGUUGUCUAAUAAUAAAACCGUUUUGUCACGAAAAUCUUCAAAAAUAAAUUUCUCAAAAACUAACCGGCAAUCGGAAAAAUUCAAAGCAUUUGAUGGACUUUUAACAUGCUGCAUUGUGGGCAAUGAGAAUUUUGCAAACAAUACAAUAGCUGCUAUCAAUGAAAUAGCUAAAACGUCCGACGAGCUUUCACCAUGGAAAUACAUACAAAAGACACUUCAAGAAAGGCCAUUUAACAAUGGUGCAUCAACAAGCACGGCUUUGACAGGUCUUGUUAUUGUCACAGCUGAUUUCCGAGGUCGUCUUAAAUUUUUUAUCAAUACUACAUUUAAUGGACUAUUUGACACUCAAGUCUAAUUCAAUUAAAAACCGUUAUUUGUCAUAAAACCAAA